GUGACUUGUGAAGUGUGUUCCUAUCUGCAUCACCUUCCUUCGCCUUGCAACCCUUUGGCUAGUUCAUUCAUACGAAUGGAUUAUUCUAAUUUGCGUCGCCAAGCUGCAUCCAUGAAAAAGACUCUCUUUGAUCAGGGGUACCUAGAUGAGCAAUUUUGCCAGGUGGAAGACUUGCAGGAUGAAGCUAGUCCUAAUUUCGCGGAAGAGGUUGUCACUUUGUUUUUCAAGGACUCGGCCAGGCUAAUAUCAAAUGCUGAACAGGCUCUGGAAAAAUACCCCAAAGAUUUCAAUAGAUGGGAUGCAUACAUGCAGCAGCUAAAAGGCAGCUGUUCCAGCAUUGGUGCUUCAAGGAUGAAGAGUGAGUGCGUGUCAUUCCGGGAUUACUGCGGACAGGGAAAUGUUGAAGGUUGUAUGAGAUCGUUCCAGAAAGUGAAGAGGGAGCACGGUGCCCUGAGGCAGAAACUAGAGGCCUAUUUCCAGCUGCUACGACAAGCUGGUCCUGCUGGAGCUGCCACCAGGCCUGGAUGUAAGAACUAGGAGUUGCAGGAAAACGGAGUAUGACCCAAGAAGAUACCUCACUACAACUGACUGGCCCAGUGGCCCUGCUGCGCAGCAAUUAGGGGUCAGCAUACGAAGCGAAACAAGAGAUGAUAUGCAUGGAUAUGCACAAAACUGUAAUAAGAGAUUGUUUUUUCAAGAACAAAAAAAAAAUCAGAGGAGAGGAAGGGAUGGGAACCUUGUGUAGUGAGUUUACAAGCUUUACUGAAAGAUGGUAUUAUUGUCUC